AUGACGACACCGCUGCCUUUCAUCGUCGCCCACCAGAACCACAAGGCCAAACGGAAGGCGUACCUUUCUCGCGCUGCGAGCGGGGUCGCCUUCGAUCUGGCCAUGGCGGCUCGAUCGCUUCUCCUUACAUUGACCCUCUCCUCUAUCCCAUUCACAUUCACAGACAUCGUUCUUAUCGACCAAACGCAACGCAACUUGACCAUGGUGGACCUCAGAACUCUGACCAAAUCAAGCGGCCAAAGAGCUUUCAAGGAAGACGGUCUGGACGAACGAAUUACCAAGCGCCAAAUGCGAAUUAUCCCCAUUGACAAAGCUUUCAGACUCAAAGACAGCAAUGACCUUUGUGGCAGCUACGACGCCUACGACUCGGUGUCGACCAACACAAGCGACCAUCUCGUCAAUGAAAAUAUAUCUCCUUCGACGAUACGAGACGGCACGGUAGACUUCGGCACGACCGAGUGGUAUUCCUUCAUCCGGUAUAUAGCAUUGCCUUUGGAGCUGGCUAGAUAG